AUGUUUCCAGGACUGGGUAAGCACACGUAUGGUGGACAGCAACAGGGGUAUGGUGCUCCACAGCAAGGUUAUUAUGCACCACCACAGGGACCUCCUCCAGGACAAUAUAACAAUUAUGGGCCACCAUCAGGUCCACCUCCUGGCCAACAACAGAAUAACAACUAUGGGCCACCAUCAGGUCCACCUCCUAACCAACAGCAAUACGGAAGAUAUAGCCAACAACAACAACAGCAAAGCUACGGCUCUCGUGCACAGCAGCCUGGUAUGAAUGGAGAGCCUGAUUAUGGGCACCAAUAUGGUUCAGGAAACUACUCCAGACCACCUAGUAAUCAACAAUCAUUUGGUGUGGAGAAUUACAACUAUCAGUACUCCAUGUGUAACGGUCGCAAAAAAGCAUUACUCGUCGGGAUUAACUACAUAGGCACUCAAAACCAAUUACGCGGUUGCAUCAAUGACGUCAACAAUGUUGAGAGGUUUUUAUUAAGCCAUGGGUUUAGUGAGGAUAACAUUGUCAAGCUUACUGAUGACCAGCGCACACAACGUGCUAUCCCCACCAGACAAAAUAUUUUAGACGCUGUCCAAUGGUUAGUUAAAGACGCCAAACCCAAUGACUCACUUUUCUUCCAUUAUUCUGGUCAUGGUGGGCAAACCGAAGAUCAACCGGAUCAGUAUGGAAACUACGAUGAGGAUGAUGGUUAUGAUGAAGUGAUUUACCCAUUGGAUUUCCAAACUAAUGGAUUUAUUAUUGAUGAUCUUUUGCAUGACAUGAUGAUAAAGACAUUACCACCUGGAUGCAGGUUGACGGCAUUGUUUGACUCCUGUCAUUCUGGUUCAGUCUUGGAUUUGCCAUACAUGUACUCAACAAAGGGUGUGUUGAAAGAGCCCAAUGUGAUGGCAGAGGCAGGUCAAGGGUUAUUACAAGCUGGUAUGUCGUAUAUUUCUGGGAAUAGGGUUGAUAUGGUUAAAGGUUUGGGUUCGGCUGUCAAGAGCUUUAUGAACAAAGGAAGAGCUUCCAAAGCAAACGAAUACAGUAAGCAAACCAAAACAGCACCUUGUGACGCUAUCUCUUUCAGUGGAUGUAAAGACAACCAAACCAGUGCUGAUGCACAAGAAGGUGGUCAAUCUACUGGUGCAAUGAGUUAUGCAUUCCUUACGGUGAUGAACCAAAACCCGAGCCAGUCGUAUUUGACUUUGUUGCAAAAUAUGAGACAGAUUUUGCAAUCAAAAUAUAGUCAAAAGCCGCAAUUGACGGCAUCUCACCCUAUCGACUGCAAUUUGCAAUUUAUCUUUUGA